AUGGGACCUCGUAGGUCACAUCGCAAGUCGCGCAACGGUUGUCCGGAAUGCAAGUUGCGCCGGUUGAAGUGCGACGAGCGCUAUCCAUGCUCGAAUUGUGUUAAACACGCCAUUCAAUGCAGCUAUGUCGCGCCUGUUGAUCGCACGGAGUCGCCUGCCUCGAGCGCGUCCCCAGCCACACAAUCGCAGCCUCAGUCGCAGCUACAGGCCCAGGCCCAGGUCAACCCGCCGGUCUAUUCACAUUCCCAACUUGGCAGCUAUGCACCAACUCCUAAUAGCAGCUACCCUGGGAUCCUUGCUAAUUCAGAGAUUGAGUUUGAGUCCGACGGAACAUUAGAUUUUGUGGGUAUUCUGCCCAGUUCACCGCAGGAUGCCUUGGGCUUGAAAGAAGAUUGGGGCCUGGACUUGGAGUUGAUGCACCAUUAUUGCACAGUGACGUGCAACACCCUGACGAUACGCGAGGACGUACGACAUGUCUGGCGCGCCAUCAUGCCUACAGAAGGCUAUUCUAAUAAAUAUGUCAUGCAUGGUAUCCUCGCCAUCGCCGCGGUCCACCGUGCAUAUCUCUACUCAGCCUCAGCCCAGAAGGAAAAAUACAUCAAGGCAUCUGCGUAUCAUCUCGCGACAGGGCUGAAAGAGUUUCGGGAAAUAAUUGCAUCGCCUGUGGACCCCGAAAACUGGCAACCGGUCUUCUGUUUCGCUUCCAUGAUCUCGGUAUAUCUUUGCACUGUGCCGAUCCGACUGGGGGUGCCUCAGUGGCCGAACCCGAUUACAAAUGUGAUCGACCUGUUUGCCAGUAUCAAGGGUAUGCAGGCAAUUAUGAAUCCUUUCUUGCCAUCGCUGAGGAGGACGCAGCUUGCGCCCCUUGCAAAUUCUAUUUCGCUGGAAAGUGAAAUGCGCGUUCAUAGUCCUUCUCUUGCUGCGCAAUCACUUUUGCCAGCCGAUAUCUGGACCCAGAUCGCCCGUCUUCAGCAGUUCAUCGACGACUACCCAUUUUCCCCGCCCUCCACGGCAGGCAACUCACCCGAGAAAUACUCCGAGCAUCGAAAGGAUUACGAAUCGGCUCUCAAAUUCUAUAAGAACUCCACUCGGCAGUUGGAACUCGCUGGGCCAAAUGUGGAAGUCGGCAUGGUUUUCUCCUGGGCCUACCCGCUUUCGAAGCAGUUCCAUGAGGACUUGCGCGCGAACCACCCUGCGGCGCUGGUCGUUCUUGCACAUUUCUGUGUGCUGCUGCAGGCCGUCGACCACUUCUGGUAUCUGCAUGGUAUGGCCCGCCAGGUUCUGGAGGACAUUGAGAGGCAGAUGCAGCCCGGGUUCCGAGAUUGGUUGGUUUGGCCAAGACGGUGGGUAUUGGGAAGAUGA